AUGGAGUUUAUUGCUGCAGGUGUAUCCUGGGCGCUGGGGAGGGCACCUUCGCCACAGAAGAUUCUGGGACGUCUUGGUCUCGCAUCGCUUGUCGCGCAGACUUCAUGGCCUGAAUUAUCGUCAAAGCUCUCACCUCAAGCGUCAAUCGUCUUGCCCGAUGACUCGUCAUUUGGUGGUCUUGUUAGUAGAUGGCGGGAUUGGCAUGGACCGCAACCUGGAGCUAUUGUGAGAACCUUUUCCGAGACCGACGUGCAAGAAACUAUAAGAUAUGCCAAUGAACAUGGCAUUCAGUUCCUUGCUAGAUCUGGUGGCCAUGGAGCAACUGAAGCACUGCAGCUGGCCAAGGAUAUUAUUAUCGUGGACUUGCGAGACCAAAAUGAUGUCGAAAUUGCGGAGGAUGGAAAGUCUGCAAGGAUUGGUGGAGGCACGAUCACGGGUAUCUGUGAGUGCGUUGGUGUCUCAGCUCCCGUCCUUGGUGGCGGCCAUGGUUGGUUACAAGGACAAUACGGCCUCGCAUCAGACCAAGUCAUUUCUGCUCGAGUUGUGCUCCCCAACGGAGACGCAGUGACUGCUUCUGAGGACUCAAACCCUGAUUUGUUCUGGGCUCUUCGCGGAGCAGGACAUAACUUUGGCGUUGUGACCGAAUGGGAAUACCGAAUCUACGAUAUUAACAACCCGAAAUGGUCUUAUGAGAUCUUUAUCUUCCAUGGAGAUAGAUUGGAAGAUGUUUUGGAGUUGACGAAUAAGAUGAUGAAGACCCAGCCGCCGCAUUUGACGCACUGGAUUUAUAUCGUCAACAUUCCUGAGAUUGAUCCUGACAAGCCAAUUAUCUGGUACGCUGUCAUCUCAGAUCGCGCUGCCCAAGAAGCUCGGGACUACGCGAAACCGCUACACGACAUCGGUUCCAUCAACGUCAACGCGGGCGAAGCUUCAAUGCCUGAGUCGGCCGCCAUCACGCUUAUGAGCGACGAUAGCGUAGGAUGCGCAAAGGGCUUUACCGGUCUGCGAUAUCCAAUUGGCCUCAAGACUUACAAUCUCCUCGCCGUUCGAAAAGUCUUUAACGAGAUCGCCGACAUCUCGAAGCGUGUUCCCGAGUUCGCUGGCUCCUUCUUUCUUCUUGAAGGAUAUUCCACCCACGGUGUGAAGGCUGUUGAUGCAAAGAACUCUGCAUUCCCCCACCGCGAUGAUGAGAUUCUUGUGACCCCCUACGUUCUUUACAAGCCCAACGCGACGCUCGACGGGCUUGCGCAGGAGCAUGGUGAGAAAUUGAGGGGGCAUUUGCUCGAGGCCAGUGGAGACCCCGAGCAUUUACGAGCAUACGUUAACUACGCUCACGGCUUCGAGUCUCUAGAGGAAAUAUACGGCCACGAACCCUGGAAAAUCGAGAAGCUCAAGGCCCUCAAAAAGAAGUGGGAUCCCGAGAACAGGAUGAGAUUUUACGCGCCAAUCGUCUAG